AUGGUGGUGCAGGACAGUGUGGAUACCGGCGAUGCCAGGGUGGGUGUGCGGCUGGAGCCCUUCCUGCACCAGGUCGGGGGGCACCUGAGCGUGAUGAAGUAUGACGAGCACACCGUGUGCAAGCCCCUCGUCUCCCGGGAGCAGAGGUUCUACGAGUCCCUGCCACUGGCCAUGAAGCAGUUCACCCCACAGUACAAAGGCACCAUCACAGUGCACCUCUGGAAAGACAGCAUGGGCCAACUCAGCCUGGUCGCCAGCCCACUGAAGGAGAGGCAGGAGCCCUUCAAGAUCUCCACGGAGUCAACAGCAGUGGCAAUUUGGCAGACGCUCCAGCAGACCCCCAGUGGCAAUGGCGGCACCCACCCACUCAACCAUCAGCAGCAUGCCCAGCUGGCACACUCACUCAAGGAGAGCCCAGCCAAGGCACUCCUGAGGUCCAAGCUCCAUCUAAAUGCACAAGUGUCCUCACUGGUUGAAGAUGCUAAUGGGAACCAGGUCGAGAGGAAGAGCUUUAAUCCAUGGGGCCUGAACUGCCACCAGGCACACCUGACCCGCCUGUGCUCCGAGUACCCGGAGAACAAGCGGCACCGGUUUUUGUUGCUGGAAAAUGUAGUGUCACAGUACACGCAUCCCUGCAUCCUGGACCUGAAGAUGGGGACCCGGCAGCACGGGGACGACGCGUCUGAGGACAAGAAGGCCCGUCACAUGCGGAAGUGUGCGCAGAGCACCUCAGCCCGCCUGGGUGUGCGCAUCUGUGGCAUGCAGGUUUACCAAACGGAUAAGAAGCAUUUUCUCUGCAAAGACAAAUACUACGGAAGAAAACUCUCAGUGGAGGGGUUCAGACAAGCCCUCUACCAGUUCCUGCAUGACGGAACCCGCCUCCGGAGGGAGCUCCUGGAGCCCAUCCUGCAUCAGCUGCGGGCCCUCCUCUCGGUCAUUAGGAGUCAGAGUUCGUACCGGUUCUACUCCAGCUCUCUCCUCAUCACCUACGAUGGGCAGGAGCCACUGGAAAGAACCCCAGGGAGCCUGCAUCCUCAGGAGGCUUCGCAGAUGGCCCAUGGCAGCUCUCCCGGGGAUCUCACCAAAGUUGAUGUCCGGAUGAUUGACUUUGCUCACACAACAUACAAGGGCUCCUGGAAUGAGCACAUUACCUAUGAUGGACCAGAUCCUGGCUACAUUUUUGGCCUGGAAAACCUCAUUGGGAUCCUGCAGAAUAUCCAAGAGGGGGAAUGA